AAGUGUCAUCAAAAAGGAGGAAUUUCCUCCCCCUUGUCCUCGGUGUCAUCCUCCAGCUUCUUCCAGGGAUGCAUCGGCGUGGGCUGCACCUGCUUUAAGCUCCACCGUCAUUUUAUGACAAGCCCUGCUUUAACACUAGCUAACACUGAUAGCUCAAAGGAGCCAUUUUCGUUCGUGAAAGAAACGACCUCGAUGAAGUGUGCUUGAAUGCAACGUCAGAGGAUUCAUCUCGGGUUCCAGCAGUGAGACAGCAUCUUUCUCGGUGAGACAUCAUUAGCAUUACGAGGGCAUAUUGUGACAGUGGGCUCACUAUCAAAGUUUUCCAGCACAACAUGUCAGACAAAAGUGACCUAAAGGCUGAGCUGGAGCGCAAGAAACAACGCCUGGCCCAGAUUAGGGAGGAAAAAAAGAGAAAGGAGGAGGAGAGGAAGAAGAAAGAGGUAAGGAAAAAAAUAGAGAGCCAGCAAAAAACAGAAGUGACCCCUGAAGAUUCCGACUUGGAUCGCAAGCGCAGGGAGACGGAGGCUCUGCUACAGAGUAUUGGCAUCUCUCCAGAACCUCCACUAGUCCCGACUCCUAUUUCACCCUGCAAAUCCGUGAGUACGCCCAGUGAGACAGGAAGCCAGGACUCAGCUGAUGGAGGCGCAGCAGGAAGGUCAGGUUACUCUAAAAACAAGUCCCAAGCACAGAGCUCAAGGACACUGCAGUGGGACACAGACCCCUCUGUGCUGCAGCUGCAGGCUGAUUCUGAGCUCGGGCGCAGAAUGCAGAGGUUGGGAGCUUCUAAAAUCACACUGGUGGACUUCCCCCCCAAAGAGAUGGUUUUUUACUGCAAGGAGACACAAACACCAGUCAACACUCACCUGUCUGAAGUGGAAGAAGAAGAAGAGGAAGAUGAAGAGAUGAUGGAAACAAAGCCGGCUUCAGAGUCAGACCAGCAAAAUGAAGAUGAAACCAACGAAACUAAAGAAGGCUCAUUUCCGGUGCUGCGGGAGCUGACAGAGGAGGAAAGACAACAGGUCCUGCAUUCAUCUGAGUUUCAAAGUUUCUUUGAAUGCAGCAUCCGAGUGAUUGAAAGAGCCCUCGCUGAAGACAGCGAUAUCUAUUUUGACUACAGCGGCCGAAACCUCGAGGACAAGGAAGGAGAUGUGGGUAGCGGUUCCAGACUGUCCCUUAGCAGAGUCUUCUAUGACGAGCACUGGUCCAAACGCCGUGUUAUCACCUGUCUUGAUUGGUCUCCUCAGUAUCCAGAGUUGUUGGUUGCUUCCUAUAACAACAAUGAAGAAGCCCCCCAUGAACCAGACGGUGUUGCUCUGGUGUGGAAUAUCAAAUUUAAAAAAGCCACACCUGAAUACAUAUUUCAUUGUCAGUCCCCGGUGGUUUCUGUUGGUUUUGCCAGAUUUCAUCCUAACCUGUUAGUGGGUGGGACUUACUCUGGACAGAUCGUCCUGUGGGACAACCGCAGUCACCGUCGAACGCCAGUCCAGAGGACCCCCCUAUCUGCUGCUGCACACACUCACCCUGUAUACUGCGUGAACGUUGUCGGCACCCAAAACGCCAACAAUUUGAUCACUCUGUCUACAGACGGCAAGAUGUGUUCUUGGAGUCUGGACAUGCUCUCCCAGCCUCAGGAAACCAUGGAGCUGGUUUACAGUAAAUCCAAGCCGGUGGCUGUGACCGGCAUGGCCUUCCCAACUGGAGACGUUAACAACUAUGUGGUAGGAAGUGAAGAUGGUUCUGUGUACAACGCAUCCAGGCAUGGGAGUAAGGCAGGCAUCUGUGACAUGUUUGAAGGCCAUCAGGGGCCGGUGACUGGCAUCAGCUGCCACAGUGCUGUGGGUCCCGUAGACUUUUCUCAUCUCUUCAUCACAUCAUCUUUUGACUGGACGGUCAAACUCUGGAGCACUAAGCACAACAAACCCCUGUACUCAUUUGAAGACAAUGCAGACUAUGUGUAUGACGUCAUGUGGUCGCCUGUGCACCCCGCCACGUUUGCCGCCGUGGAUGGCAUGGGCCGCCUGGACCUGUGGAACCUCAACAACGACACAGAGGUACCAACUGCAAGCGUGACCAUCGAAGGGGCGUCUGCUCUCAACAGGGUUCGCUGGUCGUCUGGAGGGAAGGAGGUGGCGGUGGGCGACUCAGAAGGUCGAGUCUGGAUCUAUGACACUGGCGAGCUCUCAGUGGCUCACACGGAUGACUGGACACGCUUCGCUUGCACCCUGAUGGAGAUCCGUGCCAACCGGGCGGACGGCGAAGAAGAAGGACCUAUGGAGCUGGCUUCAUAGACCACAGCAGGCGUGUCUGUUUCUCCUAGAGGUAGACAGGAAGCUGUAAUGAGGCGUUUGUUCUCUUUAAGUGUGCAGAGUAACUGUUUAGUUUUGUGUCCUCCUUUAUGUAAUAAUGUCAGCAAACAGACAGCAUAUAGCAUAAUGAGUCGUAUUGCCUUAGAAGGAUCUGUGUACUGUUACAAAGCUUUGCACUAAUGCUAAAACAAGCUGGUGUCCCAGACCUGUCGUUCAUUGUUUACACCCCCCUUAUGUUGCGCUUCUUCUUUGUGUCGCCUGCAUGCCGCACACCUCGUCAAAGAAAAUCCAGCUGCAGACGUCAUCACUGUCACGUUUCAGGAAUCAAGAGUUCAUUUGUUUGCUGACUGGAGCUACAACUGUAAGAAACUCUAUGGAAAAGAGCUAUAUUGUAACUCAACAGUGUCGCUGUUUACCUUGGCUGUUUCCUAUUAAAGCAGAAGCCAAAAAAAC